UUCCCCCUCGGGCUCUCUCUCGCUCACUGUGCGCCUCUGGGCCCCGUCCGCCGGCUCCCAGCCAUGGUGGCCUGGCGCUGGGCGUGCCUCAUCUGCCUCGCUUUCUCCUUGGCCACUCUUGUCCAGAGAGGAUCUGGGGACACUGGUGGUUUCCGUCUGGAGGAUGCAGUGGAAGGAACUACUUCAGUAAAGCAGAGAUGGGACCGUGUCACCACCACAACCAGGAGACCCGGAGCAACCAGAGCUCCAGCAAAGCCUGCAGGGCCCCCUGCAGAAGAUGAUUUUAACUUGGCUGAUGCCUUGGAUGAUCAAAAUGAUCGUGAUCAUGACCGCAAAAAGCCAAGUGUGGGAGGAGGAGGUUUUUCAGACAAGGAUCUUGAAGACCUAGUAGGGGGUGGUGACUACAAACCUGACAAGGGUAAAGGUGGUGGCCAGUAUGGUGGCGGGGACAACUCUGACUCUGGAAUGUCGGCAGAGACUGGCACAAUCGCCGGCGUGGCCAGUGCUCUGGCCAUGGCGCUGAUCGGUGCUGUGUCCAGUUACAUCUCCUACCAGCAGAAGAAGUUCUGCUUCAGCAUACAGCAUGCAGCAGAAGGUCAAGAGGGUCUCAACGCGGACUACGUGAAGGGGGAGAACCUGGAGGCCGUCGUAUGUGAGGAGCCCCAAGUGAAAUACUCGGCCCUGCAGACGCAGUCCGCGGAGCCACCGCCCCCUGAGCCACCCCGGAUCUGAGGAGCCGAGGAUGCAAGGCCCCGCUCUGCUGGGCAGGCCGUGGGCACACGGGGCCGCCGCCGGAGACCCAGCUCCUUAUUUCGUCUGGACCCACGGCUGCCACACCGCUCCUUCGAUGUCAUUGGCUUCUUGUCGUCCUCAGUUUCCCAGACGUUGCUCUGGGUGUUUGUGAGUCUGGCUCGUGUGCCCACCCAGCCACCGGGCCCCCCAAGAGGCUUGCUGCUCAAAUCCGAGGCUGGCCCCGCUGAAAGCCAGGGCCAGCCUCGGGUGCCCAGGGUCGAUGCCUCCCUGGGUCACCCUGCCCCCCCAGGCCUUAUCAAGCUGGGGAGGGGGAGACUGAGCAGAGGGAGGGCCAGACGAUGGGCAGGAGUGUGAACCCGGGCCCUGUGGUCCCCUCCACGCUGCACCGACUCACCGGGUUUCUGGAAAGGCUGUGGGCAGGGGCCUGGCCGCGAGGAGUGCACUGGUGAGCACCAGGAAACUGUGGGCACACACACACCACGCCCAGGGGUGUUUUUAUUUCCAUCCCUUAUGCUGCUGGGCUCUCUGACUUUUCAUUUACUUAAGUGCAAACUUGCAUGUCACAGUAUCCCCGCCUGGAUAUGUAGGAAUCUCCUGGAUGUAUGUGUAGGAAGCUGUGGCUCUCAGGCCCAAUUCCCCUAUGAUGCCAGGGCAUGGACGUGGUCUCCAGUCUGACGUGAUUAGUUUCAGGAAUCACUUAUGCUGCGGCAUUGAGUUUUGUACUGGGGCUGCGGAGGGUUCCCCACCCUGCUCCCAUGUGUGUUCUUAUUUUGGUAGCAGGAGCCACACAUAGCAGAAUGAGUGUCAGAGCCUGAAACAUGCCCAUUGUCUGCCUGAAGAUGUCUGUGGGAGGAGGGGAAUGGGCGUGGUCUUGGUGUGGGCACUCAUGUGACCUGGGCACAUUCUGGUCAUCUGCUGGCCCACCUGUGAUGGAGAUUGCUUGGGGGCCUGGGGGCACCCAGAUUGGAGGGUGCUGUCUGUGGUGGGCUGGAGCCAGGCUGUCUUCCUGGAACUUUUCGUCUGGGCCACGUGUGAUCCUGAUUCCCUCUGGACACUGCUGUCAGGGGCUGAGCUAGAGUCUAGAGCCCCCCCAUCUAUGGAUGAGUUUGCAGUGUCAGAAAGCACUUCUGGAAGCCUCAUGUGAGUCUGUUUCACAUGCUACAGGACGGCUGUAUGUCAGCUCUUUCGCAUCCACCAGAUUGGGACAAGGCAACUCUGACUUCUUAGGGAGACAGUUGACAUCAGAACAGACCUUGCAGGUCAGACCGCGUGUGCCUCCCUCGUGUGCUCGUGUUACGGAGAGCGUGUCAUGGGCCCCGCAUCACCCCUGUCUGGAGGCUCAUGCCAGGCCGGCCAGAUUGCGUGUAGCCAGGGGCGAGGAGCAUUGAGAAGACGGCAGGAAGUGAGCCGCGGAAGCAGUGCUGGUGAGCUCAGCCUGUUUCCAGCACCUCCCUGGCCUGCCCUCAUGGACGGAUGUCCCCAGCCCUGACCGGUGCUGGGCCAGAGGCCACUCUGAAGGACUUUUGCAUUGGUAGCCUGCUGUCACCUAAAGAGGGUGACAUCAGGGCCCCAGAGUCGGGAGGGAUCAGGGCAGCACUCAUCAAGUUAGGAGGGCUGCUCACCACCGUUUGCAGGCAUUUCAGAGAAAGACACAAGGCAGCACUUGUGCGUGGUAAGAGGCUCUCCCUGCCACUGGGAAGUUUGGACAUUUAUAGAGAAGUCACAGUCACAGUGGUGACUAGGAAGGGAGCCAUGUGGCCUGUGGCAUCCUAGGUGUUGCCGGGUGCAGCGCUCCUGGUGGGCCACCUUGGCUCUGCAGCAAGGCAUAUCUUCUGGUGAAGACCCUGAAAUCCUGUUGGUGAUAACAGUCAGCGCUCUCUGUGGAUCUGUUUGCUCGGUACCACUGACUUGGGUUGAGAGACCCAUCAUGCUCUUCCUUGUCUGUCUCAGUGCCCUCUGCAUUGAGCCUGGAGCCCAGCACCCAGCUCUGUGCUGGUGACUGGGACAUUGAGUCACUCAGCCACCCAUUUGCAGAGCUCCCAUCCUGGGGCCCAGGACAGAGCACUGAUGGCUUGCUGAUUCUUGGGAGCUCUCAUAGCUGUGUCCACCUGGAAGCUGUAUUGACUGGCUUGGGCCCAUCCCAGGUGGUAACGGAGGUAGCAAGUAUGCUAGAAUGGUCAGCUGACCAUAUCUAAUUGCUAUCAGCUUAACUGGGGGUGAGGUGGGGGACUCAGUGUUUAUAACAACUCUGAGCUCCUGAAGGAUGGAGGCAGGGCACCCUAAGUGUCACCCAGAGAGUGGUACCAGGCCCACUGCCUUGGCUGCCUGGGGGUUAGUCACAGUUUUCUGAGAAAGAAGUGGUGGAGACCGAUGGCAGGAUCGCCUAUACUUUUUUCUGUGCUUGUGUUUGAGUAUGAAUUGUAAGCUCUCUCGUGUUUGCAUUAAACAAAGUGGAACCUAACCAAUCCCUGGUUCUGCCAGUGUGAAGGCAUUCCCUUUGUUAAGUGAUGCUGGUUUUCCUACUUCAUUAUUAUGGAGCCAAAGGCCUUUCUCGAGAGGGUCGGGGUUCUGGCACUUCCCCUCGUGCUGAGCAGCAUAGUGUCAGCCUUCCUGGGGUGGUCCCCUGCAUGAUGGGGAGCUGAGGCCUGGAGAUGUCAUGGGGGUAGGGAGGCGCAGAGGCAGGCCUCUGACUCACAGCUCCUGUGCCCACAGCUUUGUCUUCUUCAAAGAAAGCCAGUAGCCAGGGUCCACUCAGGUGACAUGUGAUUGAGCCAUAGAAAGUGGAACAGGGCCAGGGUGUGCAGGCAGAGUGCUCGCUGGAGGUGGAGCUGCCCUUGUCACUCCAUGAGGAAGAUGUGGGGGCUGCUGGCUGGGUUUCACAGUGUGAUGGCAUUUUUGUACCAUACCAACCUUGUAGUAAAAUAGCACCAAGUCCUCUAACCCAAACCCCCAUGUGACUCUCCCAUGCAGAAGUUGUGGCCCUCCCAGCCUUGCUGCUCGGUGUUGCUGCUGGGGCCCCCACACCUGCGUGGAGAAGGACAGGGACAUUAGGCCUUAGAAGAAGGGCCUUAUAUGCAGGGGACAGCAUGGUUUCAUCCAGGCCUUUAUAACUCCCAUAAAGGCCAGCACUCUCUCUGGAGACUCUGGGUGGGGACCCUGUGGCUCCUCAGAAGUCUGUCCCAUUUAAGCUCUAGGACUCAUGGCCUGGAAAGCUGGCCUGGCCACCUCAGGGCCACACCUGCCUCUCAGGGGGCUCCAGCCCUGUCCUCACAUCUUGAGUGUUUUCUUAAGGCAUUGCCAAUUUUAGAGUAGUUAGUUACCCAUUUCAGCCAACCCACUCAAGUCUUAGGAUGAAUUGCGUUUACCACUUAGAAAAUGAAUUAAAUCAUGUAAGAGUACUUUACAUGUAUUGACUGUGUCUGACACAUAAUAAAUUUUUGUGUAAGUAAA